UCCAACACAGUCCACGUAGGGUCUGAUCCGCGUAAACUGACAGGCCGAAGAGAGAAAGAGAGAGAAACAAAGAUAGAGAUUUCUGGGUCAGUUUUUUCUUUUUUUCCUUUUUUUUUUUGGCGUAUAAGUGGGUUUUCAUUGGAGGAAGGAAGGCUCAGAAGAACAUAGUUCUCAUAAUCAUCAUCACCACCACCACCACCAUCAUUAAAUGGACGAUGAUCAUCAACCGUCUUCUGGGGAUGUUUCGUGCUCGAUUUGCCUUGAUUUGGUGACGGAUAAUCGAGGCAGAUCGAGGGCUAAGCUGCAAUGCGGCCAUGAAUUCCAUCUGGAUUGCAUUGGUUCAGCAUUUAAUAUGAAGGGGGCAAUGCAAUGUCCAAACUGCCGGAAAGUUGAGAAUGGUCAAUGGCUGUAUGCUAACGGAUCUACCCGCUCAUUUCCUGAGUUUACCAUAGAUGACUGGAUUCCUGAUGAGGAUCCCUAUGACAUGGGUUAUGCUGAAAUGCCAUUUAGAUUUCAUUGGUGUCCAUUUGGGGAGGCAGCGCAAAUACAUUCAUCAUUUGAGGAAGUUGAAUCUCCAUCGAACACUUUUCCUUUUGUUGCAGAUCAUGACCUGCGAGAGCACCACUCGAUGUUUGCAGAACAGAUUGCUGCCUCGUCUGUACCUCAUUCAUAUGUUGCAUAUUUCAGACCAAUCCCACCUGUAUCAUCAAGGUCUAUCAAUAUCAUUGAUGAUCCCAACUUAACUAAUCCCUGGAAUGGCUUAAGAGGACCAAAUGAGACCCUUAAUCACCAUAUUUUUCCCGCCAUUAGUAUCCAAUACCAAAGUUGGGCUCCUCAUUCUUCUCCUUUCUCACCAUCCAGCAGCCAUGUCAACAAUGUGAAUCCAGCUUCAAACCAAUCUGCAACGGUUAGAUCUACUCGUGGUGAAUCUAAUGCUGUAGUGAGGUCUAGAGCACGUCUGUUUCGGUUAGUUCAAGGGUCUGAUCCCAGAGCGGAGAGCUCAUUCGUCGCAUCAUUUGUUCCUCAUUCUCCUGAUGGCACAGCCCGAACUCACGAGAGGAUCCAGGCAUUCCAUCAUCAUCAACAACACAGCAUUUCACCUGGUGUGCCGUCACCCACUGUUCCUAGUUUCAGGAGAUUCGAUGGCCCAGCUACAGUGCCAGCACCUCCGCCUCACGAUCAUAAUGCUGGUUUUUACGUCUUUCCUCCUCCAGGCUCUUCAGACAGGAACACACAUGAAGCAGAACAUCCUAUGGCAAGCCAUUUUCAUGGCUGGGGAAGGGAGCAACUACCGCAUUUCCCAGCCGUAUUUCCCGAGAGAGACUCGAGUUGGGGUUCAUCUCAUCAUCCAACUGGUAGCUCUGAUUCUGGAAACCGGUCUAGCAGCUUAUGGCACAGGUCGUGGUCUUAGAGAAUCUGGUUCCCACCAUUGUUUUUAAAAGACUCUUAAAUGUAAAGUCAUUCGGCUUGCUUGCAAGAAACUCAGGAAGGAGUUAUCUGAACUGUUAUGUGAAUGGAACCACUCAUCUUUCGAUUGGUAUCUCUGAUUCUCGAAACCGGUCUAGCUGCUUAUGGCAUGCGUAGUAGGCCAGGAUCUUAACAGAAUCCAGUUCCAACAAAUGUUUUUAAAAAACUGUAAUGCAAUUCGUUCUGCUUGCAAGAAACUCAGAAAUGAGUCAUAUGAAUGUUAUGUGAAUGGAACCAAAAGUUACAUUAUAUACAGACGUUUUUGGGUUCUCUCUUAGCCAA